GACUUAAUUCCUAACAAGACAGAGGUUGAGUUGUUUUUUUCUUUUUAUUCCAGAACUAGAAACUACCUCUUCAAGUUGAGAUUUGACUUGUUGAAGUGCAGUUGACGAUCUGUCCUUUAAUGUGUUGCAAAGAAAAAAAGAAGAGACUCAUCAUCUCAAGGCGUUUAAUUUUUUUUUUUUGCGUUUUUUUUCACAGUCAGACUGUACACACACACACAUUUAACAUCACACUUUUAGGGCACGAAUACCUGAUGUCUUGGUUGUUUAAACACUCAGUUUUCAGGCACCAUAAUCAUGUGAAACAAAUCGUUCUCGGUACUUUGUUGCCAUGACAACGCUAAUUUCAGCUCAAAAAGAAGACGUGGCCUUAAAAAAUUAAGCGGCACAUCUUCUGGAUGUAUUGCUCAAGUAAUAUAUAUUUUAGA